UCGAAGGAGGAUCGAAAGAUGAUGAGAGGUGUAGGAGGACCUCUUCUAUGUAUAGGCGAUCUGCUGAGCGAUGUGGGAGAAUCAGAUGCUUCACCACUACCACCACAACAACAACAUGAACCCUCUUCAUCUUCUCCUGUUUCCAGCUCCACUGAAAGCUUGGACCUCACCAAGUUAUUCCAGGAGAACUAUGAGCAGUUGAACGAGGCGCUUGCGGGUACAGACCACUCAUGGGCAGCUCUUACUUUGAAGUUAUGCAGUGCUCUGGAUACUGCGAACAAGUUAGUUCAGUCAACAAACUCAAAUGUCAUGUCAUUGUCGGAGAAGGUUGGAGAGCUUGAGGGAGUUGUCAAGAGGGCAGAUUCUGCCAUAGCAGCAGCAAGGGUCGUCCAUGGCUCACUAAACAAAACAGAGGGAAAACUUAUUGGCAAUGAAAAUGUCAAAUGAUCUUUGUCUCCUAAAACAAGGACCUAACUUUCCAGUGUUGAGUUGAAUAUUGUUGACAAAUCUGUAGACUGUUGCUUCUAGUCCCAGAAACUAAAUGGGAGUGUUUGCUGUUUGAAGCCUAGGAUUGUAAACAUGUAUGAAGCCAGAUCAGAUCUGUUUAAAUUGUUGAGUAGUGUAGAGGUUUGUUCUAGAAACCGGCUGCUCGUCAUGUGGUUGCUGAGAAAGAUUACCACUUGUACUUCCUAACUCUCCCAGUGUUACUUCGAUGCUUUGCUGUCUAAACCAGAAAGAAAUAUUGUUAAUGUAACUUGAUAAACUAAAAGGAAGGAAAGUAAAUAAUGGCUUCGUUCGUGUC